AUGGACGGAUCGUCGGGAAAGUCACACAAGGAGGACCCAUUGGCCAUCCGUAACCUGCCGAUGGGCGAAACUUCAUACCAUGAACAUGCUCCGCAGUCUCCUGGUCUAUCGAGCAGGUUGACUAAGACAACUUCCGAUCUGGCACACACUAGGCAGUGGCUAGGACUACACCCAUCGGCACCAGUGGAAGAGGAGCACGAUUACGCUGAGCAUUCUAAGCUGUGGUGGAGCAAAAUCAGGAUAGCACUGAAGGAGCCGUUUGCUGAAUUCUUUGGCACGUUCAUCCUCGUACUUUUUGGUGACGGCUCGGUGGCCCAAGUCCUUCUCAGCACGGGCCAAGCAUCAGCACCAGGCGGCAACGGCUUUGGCAAUUACCAGAGCAUCAACUGGGGCUGGGGUCUCGGUGUGAUGCUUGGAAUAUAUGUAGCUGGCGACAGCGGGUACUAG